CAACAAUAUCCCGCCACCAUAUCCUCCCUGCAUCACCAUGGCCAACGAAGGACGCAUUGCUACUCUCGAUUCAACGGUUGCCGACAGGCUCCCGGUUUACUCCAAGCUGCUCUUCGACGGCAAGGCCGCCAAGGGUCUUAGCUUCGAGACAAUCGCAAAGCAUCUCGACAGAAGCGAGGUUGCUUGUGCGGCCCUGUUCUAUGGCCAAGCCACAGCCUCACCUGAGGAUAUUGACCGCCUCUCGGACCUGUUGGAAAUCUCCAAGGAGACGUUGACAACCCAGAUGACAGGGUUCCCCAACCGUGGCCAGGCCAGUCCCAUGCCUCCGGUUGAACCUCUCAUCUACCGAUUAUAUGAGAUUGUGCAGAACUAUGGAUACGCCUACAAGGCAAUCUUGAAUGAGAAGUUUGGCGACGGAAUCAUGAGUGCCAUCUGCUUCUCUACCACAGUGGAUAAGGAGGUGGACGAGGCUGGCGCUCCAUGGGUGGUUAUUACACUGAAGGGCAAAUGGCUCCCUUUCAGUCGAUUCUAAAGAUAGUGUUGCUGUUAGUGAGUGGGAGUCGGCUGGCUGCCCAUCCCGGAUCCAACUCUCCCGCCUCAUCCGCCGCCUCUACGGGUAUUAAACCGGUAACUCUUUGAAAUGAGUCAACAGGAUUAGGCUAUUACGAAAUAUCAUGAAAAUCCGAGUCAUUUUCAUUAAGUCUGACCACUUAGACAGAGGUGGUUGUGGCCUCUGCUGAAGAACAAUACUAAGCCCAUACAAAG